CUUGUUAUGGCUUCUGGAAAAGUUCGCAGUGACGAGACACGAUGGCAACCGUUCCACCAGUAACACAGCAAAUUAUCAGAAACCAGCAGGGGAGCCCGAAACCUCCAGUCAACUUACAGAUCUCGGACGUCGAGGGCUGCCUGGUUCUCGAUCGGCGUGGGGACCGUAUUCCUUUCAGAAGAUUAUUUGAGGAUAAAAAAUCCAUCAUCAUUUUCGUAAGGAAUUUCUUGUGCUACGCUUGCAAAGAAUACGUUGAAGAUCUCACCAAAAUUCCCAAGAGAGUUCUGACAGAUGCUGAUGUCAGACUAAUUGUGAUUGGACAAGCCUCUCACUGGCAUAUUGAGCCUUUCUGCACACUGACAAGAUACCCCCAUGAGAUAUAUGUUGAUCCUGAAAGACACAUUUAUAACAAGCUUGGGAUGAGAAGAGGAGAGACAUUUAUGGAAUCAGCCUCUCGGAGUCCCCACGUCAAAUCCAGCUUGCUAAUGGGCAGCGCUAAGAGCAUGUGGCGGGCGAUGAUGAGCCCUGCCUUCGACUUCCAAGGGGAUCCUCUCCAGCAGGGUGGUGCUGUCAUAGUGGGCCCAGGCUCUGAGGUUCAUUUCGCACAUUUCGACAUGAACCGCCUGGACCACAUGCCCAUCAACUGGCUUUUGCAGCUGGCGGGAGUGGAAACCGUUGAUUUCAUCGAUGAACGGAGGAUAAUCCACGUUUAAAAUAUGAAGGACACUAGGGGCGGGGCGAGAGAAGGAGGCAGGGCAGUACUGCAGUUAGAACAAACGCCUGCUUUGAAACUGUAUAUAUGGAAAUUAAUUGCUUAUUAAAACUGUGUUUUUCAUAGGGGCCUUCUUUGAAUA